UGCCAGUUGCAGCAAGGCCGGCACAAGGGACCAGAUCUCACAGCCGGCCACCCUUGCUCUGAACAGAGGAGUUGGGCAAGCGAAGCACCAAGGCUGUGGCUUUCCCGGGGACAAACCACAGCGCAGGAGCUACGUGCCUCGUCCCGGACACCCAAGAAGCUCUUGUCAGAGCCCAGAGCUCCCACAUCCCAAGCCUGACCUCGUGUCGCACGCUCAGAAAGCGCCCUAGAAGACACUGCUUGUUUUUCCUACCGCCUGUUCCAGCGAAAUCCAGCUGGAAGAGGAGCGCAGCGCCCUGACUGAUUUGAGAACUCCUUCGUACUCGCCGCGGGAGGAAGGAGAGCGGGCGACCGUGCGCUCCCCGGCACCCAGGUACGGAGCGAGGAGGGGAGAAAGGGGAUUUCCUCGGCUUCCUCCCAUGCAAAUCCCUCCCGCGGAGCCCGGCUCCCCUCGGCGGCCGCUGGGGGGAGGCUCCGCGCCUCGUCCCCGCUGACACCCGCCUCCCGCCUCCGCUCCGCACCGCUCCGAGGGGCGCCGGGCGGCUCGGGCACCAGCGGCGGCACCGGCGGAGCCCGCGCGGGCGGGGAUGGAAUAUACAAAAACACAAAGGAAAAGUGGCCGGACUGUUCCGGGGGCAAAAUGCUGGAAGUUUGUAAGUGCAACUCUCCCUUUGUAAUUACUGUCUGAAGAGGGGCUGGCGCUUGAGGUUUGGGUUUUUUUUUUUCCAACCUUUUUUUUUCCCCCCCCCAACCUUUUUUUUUUUUUUUUUUCCUUGAAACUGUACUUGAAACUAUUCGAUAUCUGGGAGUCUAAGGGAAAGUAUGCGAGAGGAGUUCUUUGCCUGUGUUCCUAGCUUGCUGCUUUAUUACUAAGGGGGGAAAUCAGCACUGAAAGCGAUACGGAUUUUAUCCAGUGGUUGGAUUAACUGAAGGCGAAGCGUGGUCUGGAAAUCCACUGACUGACAUUGUUCGGACCCGGGGGCUCCGUCUCUCUUAUUUUUAGACAAGCUACAAUUUGGCGGCAGACAAUUGGACACGGUAAUAAACUAGAGAGCGGUCAGCAAGGAGCGGGCGAGAGAAACGAGAAAGCACAAAGACUAAACUAACCCGAACCUCCUCUUUCUCCUUCCCCGGCUCUUUAUUUGCACAUUUACUGAAGACUUUUUCACAACAACCAACCAACCCCAAACCAACAAACCCCACUCCGCCAAACCCAGAAGCUUUUCGGUCCGCCGGGGGGGUUCUCGGUAAUGCCUUUCCUUGCCUAAAUUUUCAAUUCCAAGGAAUAACCUCCCCGCUCCCCCGAAAUAAAAUCAAAUCAAUAAACCUGCCAAGCCUCACUCAUUCCCGAGGGAGAUCUUCUUCGUCCAGACAUUCAUUUCGGAGGCAGCGGCUCGCUUAAUUAUUUUUUAUCCGCUCUCUACUCCGGCGGAGCCCCCCCAACUCCCCAUUCCCGCUCCCCGGGUGCCCUUUUCCCCCUCGAGGGGUCUGCCCGGCCCCGACCCCCGCCUCCCCCGAUGCUGGCACAACCUUAGCGGCCUCUGUCACCGCCCGGGGGCCGGCUGGGGGUGGGCUGGGGGGCGCGGGGCUGACCGCCCUCCGCCCCGCCGCCAGCCCCCGGGCUCCCGCCGCUGCCCCCGCCUCUCCUUCUUCCCCCCCUCCAUGCGGCAGUGAGCACCGCAGGGGCAGCACCGUCAAGGCAGCGAUGGGCGACACGGCUCCCCCCCAGGCCGCGGGGCUGGGGGCCGGACUGCUGGGCGGGGGGGGGGCCGGCCCGGCGGCGCCCCGCGUGCACAGCGCGAUCGUGGAGCGGCUGCGGGCCCGCAUCGCCGUGUGCCGCCAGCACCACCUCAGCUGCGAGGGCCGCUACGAGCGCGGCCGCGCCGAGAGCUCCGACCGCGAGCGGGAGAGCACCUUGCAGCUCCUCCACCUCGUCCAGCAAGGGCAGGGAGCCCGAAAAGCCAACAAACACCCUAAAGCCAGCUCGGCCGCCUCCCACGCCGCCGCGCCCCCGGACUACCACCAGCACCUCCUCAGCAACGGCGGCAGCAACAACGGGGAGCAGCCGGCGGGGGAGCAGCGCGCCUCGGCGCUCCUGGCGCUCCAAGGCUCCUUGAAGAGAAAGUUGGUGGUGAAUCUGUCACCUGUCAACAACAAGAGGCCCAAUGGUGUUUCAGAGAGCUCUUUCCUUGACAUUAAGAGGGUAAGAGUGGGCGAUAAUAUCUCAGUGGGACAAGGUGGACAACAUGUUAACAAUUGCCAAAGCCAGUCAAUGUCAGGAACUAUGUCUGUGGGGCAAGGAUCACAAAGAAAGGCUAGCAGCCUAGCAAACAAUACGCAUGCUAGCGGGAAUGGCAUGUUUAAUAUGACUUUGAAAGAGGUAAAGAAAGAACCAGGAGAAACGAUGUCCUGCAGCAAACACUUAGAUGGCCAGACAUCCCAUGAGAACGUGUUCCCUAACAGAUAUGGGGAAGAUUCGUGGGAACAAAUGAUGGAUCUGGAACUUCAGGAACUAUUUAAUGAACUGAACAACAUAUCAGUGCCACCAAUGAGUGAUCUCGAGCUAGAGAAUAUGAUAAAUGCCACGAUAAAACAAGAUGAGCCAUUCAACAUUGACCUUGGGCAGCAGAGCCAGAGGGGCCCCACGAGAUCUCUGCAGAUGGAUAAGAUGGUGAUAAAGAGUGAAUAUGCACCAGGCAUGAAUCAGGCUCCUGUGGGCUCUCCACAGAUGAGGCCUUCUUCUACAGGUCCAGCCUUCACUAUGGCCCCUGCUGCCAUGUCCACCUCUUCACCCAUCCCUUCGGUGCCUCAGAAUCAAACACAGGUAUCGCAGGUUUCUUCUGCAUCCAGUCGACCAUUGCCUAACUGGCAGGAGGUGUCUCAUGCACAGCAACUCAAACAGAUCGCAGCCAACCGGCAGCAACAUGCCUUGAUCCAGCAGCAACAGCAGCAGCAGAACCAGACGACCAAUUGGUCCACCUUGUCUCCAUCAGGACCUUCCCCUGGACCCUUCGUGCAAGAGAAAAUCCCCAGUCCUUCUUUUCGCCAGCAACAGUUCAGCCCACAAAGCUCAGCAAUGCUUGGGGUACCAGUGAAUGGAAAUCAGUCAAAAGGGAUGAACAACUAUGUUUAUAAACCAACCACUCCCCAGAGCAAUCCCAUGGACAUAAUCAUGCAACAGAAGCCUCAGGACCUCAACAGAAACUUUAUCAACAGCGCUCAGCCACCACUAGAGCAGCAUCAUGGCAACACAAAGCCUUUGUUUCACUUUAACUCAGAGCAAACAAACCAGCAGAUGCCUUCAGUUUUGGGUUCCCAAAACAAGCCUGCUCUUCUGCACUACACACAGCAGGCACAGGGUUCAGCCCCUGUGCAACAGCCACAGCAACAGCAGCAACAACAGCCACAGCCGCCGCCUGCUCAGCCUCUCCCAAGCCAGUCUCUUCAAAGGCCACCUAAUGUACCCCUAGCAAUGCAGCAGAAAAUGAUGCUUCAGAAAAUGCAGCAAAGUCAACAAAUCUCAGGUUUGCAGUAUCCAGUCUCUCAGCAGCAUAGACAGGAUCAACACUCUGUGGUAGGCCAGGCAGUUGGCCCCACUCCAAGCUCCAGUUCUUGCUCAAAUCCAAACACUGGAAGUGGUUACAUGAACUCAUCCCAGCAAUCAAUGCUGAAUCAGCAACUGAUGGAAAAGAAACAGGCUCUGCAACGGCAAAUGAUGGAGCAAAAACAACUCCUUCUACAGCAGCAGAUGUUGGCAGAAGCUGAGAAAAUCACUCCACAAGAUCAGCUGAACAGACACUUGACACGACCACCACCUGAUUAUAAAGACCAAAGAAGGAACAUGGUCAACAUGCAACAAGCAAACCAAUACCCUGGUGGUUCACCAGCUGUGAGUAUGAGCGCCAACGUGUCUUUAUCCAACCCAAUUUCAACUCAUAGUAUCAUGUCCCAGAGCUCCAGUCUCAUGUCCACCUCUGCCGGGACCCGAAUGCCUUCUGUUCCAGCCCCUCGGAGUAUGGGCUGCUACGGGAACCUUCCUUGCAAUCAACAAAACGCAUACAAUGUGUCUUCAGGAAUGAACCAAAUGCAGCAACACCGAAACCAAAAUCAAGUCCUACCCAGUCAGAAUAACCCGGUAAUGUCUCGACAGCAAACCAUGACGCAGGGGAACAACGUAGCGGCUUUUGGGACAGGGUCUGUGGUCAAUUCACAGCAAGUAAGGCCAAGCUUGAACCAUGGAGCCACAGGUAUUCCUGUGCAAAGGCCAGCCAACGUGAUAAUCACGACUACUGCCACUGCCCAGAACUGGGCCCCACAAGAAGCUGCAGUGAAGCAGCAGGAUGCACUGAAACCUGCUGGUGUCCGUUUCCCCACUGGCACUCCAUAUCCUAACCAGUCUUUGCAACGCAAUGUAGGCAACCAGCAUUUUCCUCAGCGUGCAUUGGCACCUAAUCAGUUGACCUCAGGAGUCCAAAUGAGGCCUCCUCUGAACCAAAUGCACCAGACUUUAAAUGCACAAUCUGCUGGCUCACUACGAGGUCUCAGCAUAAGACCUAACCAGCUGAGAGGACAGACUGUGCCUACCUUGAAUCAGCCAGGAACAAGUAUGACACCUCCAUCAUCUCUGCCAUCAACAAGUUUCACAUCUACCAACCAAAACUCUCGGGCUUACCAAGGAAGUGACCAUGGUAAUGACCUAGCUUUUGACUUUCUGAACCAGCAAGGUGACAGUAUAGGACCUGCGCUCAACAGUGACUCAGACUUUAUAGAUUCUUUACUGAAAACGGAACCUGGUAAUGAUGACUGGAUGAAGGACAUCAACCUUGAUGAAAUUUUGGGGAACCACUCGUAAGUGACAGUACCAAGGGUGAACCAGAUGAAGAGGCAGUAAGGACAUGAGCUUUCUCUUUAGAUGCCAACAAUCUGCUUUAUUAAUUUACACUCCAGUAACUGGGCUGUCCUUUAAAAUACCACAUAGGGCAACUGCCCUGUUUGAAGAGUUGCUCUGGGAACAAAACUGAAGUCUCCCCCAGUGAAAUGAUAACAUAAGUGACAUUCAUGCCUGCCAGGAGCAGGAGGAAGAGUGAGAACGUGUGAAGGGUCUGUUCCCCACACUGAUGUUCAGCACAUUGCGAACCCAUCAGUUCUUCUCAUGGGGACUGCGUGGAAAAAUGUGUUUAGCUUCCCACACACACAAGCACCAGACAGUGGUAUGGGCUGUGGAACAUAAUUUCUCUGAGUGCAAGUAAGAUCCCAAGUGAUCCAGAGCUCUUCAGUCAUCGUGUUCACAGCCCUUAACUUCAUUGGGACUACUCAGCCCUGACAGCAUCAGGCCUUGUGUAAAUCUCAUUGUGUUACAAAAAACUGUUUACUCCUACACCAUACAAACUCACUUUUGCUUUCCCAACAGUUUUGGUUUAAACUCUCUAUGUUUUGUAGCAUACAAAAAGGGUAAGUGGUCUUGUCAAAGGAAAGAAGGAAACAGAUCAUCCAGUGUGUUACUCAGUGUGCUCUAGCGUUUGCUUUCUCCCUUUCAUCAGUGCUUACUGCAAGUAUCAGAGGAGCACAAUCAUUUUGGGCAUUGAGGGAAACAUGAGAUGAACUACACCAAAGCUCACGAUCCUCACUUUGCCACCUUGCCCCAGGGAUUCCAGUGACUUAAUGGACAACUUAAGUGAGAAGGGUGCUCAUGAUUUGACCCUCACCAACUACUUUCCCAGUCUGGUUUAGCAGAGGGCAUGAUGUGGCUCAGCUAAGCCACUGUCCUCAUUUUCAUCUUAACCCACAGCAAGUGUCAGGUAGUUCACCCCAGUCCUCUUCUAACAGGUUUACCUCAGCAGAAAUGCCAGUAUCUCUGUCUAGGGAGACACUACUAUUUUGAUUGCACAGCAUUUUGCGUCCAUCCUGCUUUCCCUUUGCCAUAUGGGGGGGAGCUGAAAGAGGUCAGUGAUGGCCCAGGUCCCCACAUGAUCUGUUGGGCAGAGUAUGAGAAGCUCUGCUCCUGGAACUAGCAUGCAAAUCAACCACCUGGGCUACUCACAGUAGGAGGCUCCACUCAACCACAUCUGUGCUUGUAAAUGAAACAGGUUUGGGAAUUUUUUCUGGGCACUGGACUCCACCAUCUCUUCUGGGUUUGGGUUUGGUUUUGGGAUGGCCGAGACAACCUUGCCCUGAGUUAACCUGGGGCAAGGACCAUUCCCAUAGGCAGUUUGCAGCCACCUUGCCUUGGAGGCUGACAGAGUCGAGCAGUAAGGAUACAGGUUGUUCCACACCACUUAAUCUCAGUGCUGGAAAAUAAUCUGGACUGUGUUAAAUUUUUUUCUAUAGACUUAGUUAGUAAGGGCACCAGAAGGAGGUGAUAUGUCACUAUAAAGCAACUCUGCAGUGAGUGAGACAGGAGGAUUUGUGGAUGGGAACAGAUCUUGAAAUUCAAAUGAAAAUGUUGUUUUUUAAAAUGAUGCAGCGCGACGUGUUUUACAGUCUCCUCUGAAUUAGCUAAAACUAGAUGUGGCAAAGGAAUACAAUGCCUACGUCCACAUGCCUCAGUGCCAAGAGGCAUUGCUCUGCCCCAUACAAGUGCUUUAUUCAUCCUCGUUAGUAGCAGUGGGAUGAGUAGACUACUUGACAAUAGCCUCUGCACUUAUCUGACCUAUUUCUGACGAGAGGUUUUAGUAAGGCUUUUCCAGUCAUUCACCCUGUCAUUUUAUGUGGGCGCAAUUUUUCAUGAUGUUUCGAUAUGGUCACACAAUGAGCAGCAGCACCUCCAAGGAAGGUGUAACAUGGGCAUUUAGCUAGAUAUGCCAGUUAGGGCGGGCUGGUCCACAAUGCUGUUCAUUCCCAGACAUGGUUUCCAUCAGAGGGAUGAGAAAGCCUGCUGAGGAGUCUCUUCUGCUGCCCUAGCCAGGGAUCAUUGCACCCUCUCGCGUUGUGUAAGGUGGUGGCUUAGCUGCUCAGAAUGCUCCCUCCUCUCCCCAGUUUUGGCUGGGGUGCAUGUGAUCCCUUUUAUAUGCCAGUACAAUUUUUUUCCAAGUCUUUAAAGAGCUUUUCAGCCCAGGUGACUGGUGCCCCACCUAAGUUUGUAGAGGUACAGACACGGUCUAACAAAUGAGUCCCCUAUAAAGUGUGCAACAGUAGUCUGAAAUAGUAACUACAUGAGUUUGAAGUGGAGGGAAGAUCGUCUCAUCUGUCUCAUCCACAAUCACACACCCUGGCCAUAAGCAAGUUAGCAGCGAGUGCCAGAGGUCUGGUAAGAACAGAUGACUGCGAUGCCACUAAAGCCAAGACUAAGUUAAUAUCAUCAUGAGCAAUGGGCACUGAAGUCUGGUAACAUCAGCUACAAUCACAUGCCAUUGAAAAAGCUACCACUGGUUUCUGUGUUAAGACCAGAUUGUUUUCAACAUCCUUAAAUGAUGUAAAAAAAUUGUUCAGCUAAGGAGCAGGUCCCUAGACUUCAGGGUAUCAUCUGGUGGUGGAUUCAAUGCUGAGCUUUAUCCUGUUGAUCUCAGCCUGAAGUGGAGAAGACACUGGGCUGUAACUGCCAUCCCCAGGAUCAAAAUUUCAUCCUCUCUUAAGUAAAUUCAACAAAGGUAGAGGCCAUUUGCAGUCCUGUAAAGAUAUGCCUGAUGCAUUUGAUAUAUGACCUUAUGAAAGACUCUUGCAAACAAAACUUGAAUACAAUAUCAUUUCUUCAUUUCUUCAGAACACUUGUAUCUAAACGGAGCUAGUAUCCUUUUCCUCUUUCUUUGCAAUGGCUAAGUGCACUACCCUUAUAGUCUAUUUUUCAUCAUUGACCAGGCACUCUUCACAGUAUUGGGUUGUAAAUAUAAAGGAUUAUUUGUUUUGUAAACUUUUGUAAAAAAAAACCAACAAAAAGUAAUAAUAUUUUGGUAGGAAUAAUAAAAAUCAUAUUAUUUGGGUUAUAUUUAUACAUAUGUGAAAGAAAUAUACUAUCAAAAAGUUGUAUUUUAUACAAAAAGUCAACGGUUACCUUUUGUAUUCUAUAUACAAAGUUUUGUAUGAUACAAUUGUUUAUUUUUAUCUGCAGACUUCAACUUUGGAUUUUGGGGGAGGGCAGAAUGGGAUCGUGGUUAAACAGCUGGGUCUGACCCCAAGCUCACUGAAACCAAUGGAGUCUUUCCAUUGCCUUCACGGGGCUUUGAAUCAAGCCUUUCAAUCACCUUCAGAUAUGUUUGACAUCUGAAGCUAUCUGGAAACCUCAACAUGAAAACAUUCCAGGUUUCAAAUUUUUUUUCCUUGAAAAAGGCUUUUAUUAUUAUUAUUGUUAUUGUUAUCGUAACUCUUGGGAGGCAAGUGGGACCUAUGUAACUGUCAUGUCCUUGUUGCAUGUAUGUCUGCUUUAUAUUUUCCCCAUAUUAUAAACCAGUGUUUCUCUAUACAGACUGAAAGGACAAGUUGCUGUACAGAAAUGUUUGUGUUUAUGCAUUUUUACAUGUGGCUGUAUAUACCUCCUAGUACUAUGCAGUGACACUUAUUUGACUCCAUUUAUUUUUCACCUAAACAUGAAUAGUAUGUUUUUCAGUAGCUAUCAAAACUCUGCCAAGUAAAUCAAUCAAAAUUA